AUGUCGGGGGCGGUCGAGUACAACCAAAUGCCAAGGGAGCCUGCGCCGGCGAUGAUUGUGGAGCCGAACCAUUCCGAACAACCCCGCCUGGUAGAGCCUAUGAAGAUGGAACAGUCAACGUCCCUACGAGGCGGUAAAGCAGACGGCGGAGCCAUUUGCUGCGGUAUCUGCGCUGGCCUCUGCUGCUUCGAAUGCCUCGAGUGUUGCUGCUGCUGCUGUUAG